UUUGGACUUAGUAAGAUUUAAAUGUACAGCAGAGGGCGGUAAUAGACAAGAACAAUACUUUUUUAAGAAAAAAAAAAAAAGGAACAAGAAAAGGACAGAAAUUUUGAGAAAGGACAUAGAAAUUUAAAGAUCCCAAACCACGUUAUAUUUGAAAUGAUGAAGUUUUUUAGCCUGAUAAUUUCUUGGUUUCUUAACCCCUAGAAAAUGGAAAAUGGGUGGAACUCAGUGUAGUUAACAGCAGAGCAAUAAAAACAAUAAACACUUGGUCAUAAAAAAUGAAAACAAUUCAACAAGUAGCCGAACUCUGAUAUAUGUUAAACAAUCCUAUAAAGUACAUGUAGCCUAAAAAAUAAAAAAUAAAUCUUUUGCAUUGAAUAGACCGUUUCCACAUGUUCUAUCAGUACUGGCUGGUGCUGUGUUUGUCACAUGUUUCUGUUCAACUAAAUCCAUUUGUGGAAUGUCUGUGUACCAUGACUGUUAACCAUUAACUUCAACCCAGAUUGCUACAGCCACUUCUCACAAUUCUUCUCACACCUGAAAAAAAAUGCAUCGAGAGUGGACCGAGACAAUGAAGACUUUGCCUAUAUGAAUUAUUGUAAAAAAAAUAUCUGUUACUCUUUCCAUAUCAAAAUAGCCAAACAAAUGAAAUGUUGGCAACUAAGAUCAAGUCACAGUGAAGUUUUAAAGGGGUUGGGUUUCAUCCUGCCCUUUCAUUCUUCUUCUACAACAGCUCAUCCUCCAUGCAGACACAAAGUUAUGAGGCACAAGAAGCUGCUCCGCAUGCCACACAGCUCACCAUUGCUUUGAAGCUUAGAAAUUCCAAGAGUUUCCUGUAACAAGGUCGAACUCUAAUGUGAACCAGAAGCUGCUAUUUCUCUCUCUGCCUCCUCACUCUGUUGGUUAGUGGAGAGUGUGAAGUCUCGAUAUGUCUCGUCUGUGGAUCUUCCUGCUUCUGUGGGCACACUGGAUCAACAGCCCUGUGCUUUCUGCAAAAGGAGGCAAGAGAAAACAAGUAAAGAAUGAAAGUGGCCCUGCAACUCCCAAGGAGGACGUUGGGUCAAAUGGAGCUCCCGAGAGUCCAUCGGAGUCUGACUUCUUGGCUGAUUUUGCCGGGAAACACCGCCUGUGGGUGAUCACUGCACCAUUGCACAGUGACAACUACCUGCGUAUGAUGGAGAAGCAGAUCCAGGAGUCUGAAGGACUGAACUGUCGCUUGGCAGAGCGAGACACGCUCAUCGUCACUAUUAUUCAGAAUGCCAUGAUGGAAGGCAAAGUCCAACAUACGACCUUGCAAGGAGAAGCCAUUGUGGAGGUUAUGGACUCUGAAAUGGUAAGCAAACUUCUCCAUUACCUUGAGCUGGAGGACCAUACCUUCUCCAUGCUGAUUCUGAAGAAGAACAUGAGGGUUAGUGAGAGAUUUCCUUACCCGGUUCGCGUUGAGGCCAUUCUUGAGGUCAUCGACCAGCUGCCUGUGCGAAAGUUGGAGAAGGUCGCAAGAAAGGGGUUACCAGUGAAAUGCAAGAUCACAAAGAAGAGGUUAGUGGUGAAGAAACAGGGUACUGGCAAGCGUAGGACCUUCAGCCCACAGAGGCAUGCGAAUACCACAUCCAUCUUCGUGACACAGAAGACACGUCUUGACAAAAAGGCAACUUUGAGAAACAAAGUACAAGAUAUUUUGAACGGACGUUCACGAUUCGUCAUCCGUAAAGGCAGCUCAGGCAAUGGCAAACCAUCAGCUAAAGCAGGUCCAAAAUCUGGAUCUAGUGGAAAUGAGAGGCUGAAGCACGAUGACCAGAAGAAAACUCCAGACAGUGACAGACACCUAGAGCCAGAAACAGAAGUGAAAAAAGUUUCGGAAGCAGAUAAAACACAUGUUGGUGCAAAAUUACAUUUUGACACCCUCAAUGAGGAGUUCAAAGGAGAGCAAACCGUUGACCAUUCAAGCUCCAAAAAGAAAGGCAAAGGAAAGGAUGGCAAGAAGAAAAAGGGGAAAGGAGGGAGGAGGAAGUCACAACGAGAAGCAGAUGAUAAGGAAAAGGCAGCUCUUAAAGAAUUCAUGCAAAACCUCAAAGGGAGAAGAAGACUUCUUGUGAUUUCAUCCCCAAGUGAUGUCUCAAGUCAGUAUAUCAAACAGAGAGAUGAUAAUGAGCUACUUAGCUGUGAGUUUUCCCACAGAAAGGUCUCAGUGCUGUCCAUCAUGGGUUCAGAACGUAAUCCUACGCUACACAUUCAACACUACCAACAAGAUUCUGAGUCUCCACAAGCAUCCCUGCCAGAAAAGUUCAGAAACCCUGAGUUAAUCAGCGAGAUCCGCAGAGAAUAUGGGCUGGACUCCAAAAACUUCUCAAUGGUGUUAACUGACUAUGACCUGAGGCCUAACCUUAACAGGGUUUUCAACAAGCCAACAGCUCCUUCUGAUUUACUGGAUUAUAUUGAUAACUUUCCAUCACGUCAGUCUGAGAAGGAACAGGAGAGAAAACUUCCAUCACCCUGCUCUAAAGCAGAAAUGAACAAUCGAGAGGAGAACUCGCUUCUGAGGUUCAUGUCUAAACGUAGACUUCUAAUCAUCUCAGCACCUACUGUAGAUGACUACUCAUUCCAUCAACAGCUUCAGGCGCUUAAUGGACAGGAGUGUCCACUGGGUAUUCGUCAUUUUGCCUUGUUGAAGAUUGUGGGUACUGGAUCGACAGCUUCAGGAACAGUGGAGUUUUUUCCAUUGAAUGGGAAAAGUCAACCUGAGAAGGAGACGCUUUCACAGGAUGUGGUGGAGAGUCUCAGGAAUCAGCUGAAGAUAAACCGUGACUACUUCAGCAUGCUGGUGGUGGGUAAGGACGGAGAUGUAAAGGCCUGGUUCACAUCUCCAAUGUGGUCCCUGGGAAGCAUCUAUGACCUUGUGGACUCUAUGGAAUUGCGACAACAGGAACAGAAACUGCAACAAACUCUUGGAAUUCACUGUCCAGAUGAGAACACUGGUACUUACCAUGGUUACAGAGAAGAGACAGAGGACAGUUACUUGUACCACAGAUCUGAGGACUAAAAGUCGUCAAAACAAAGACAUUAGACAUGCAUAUUGUGUACAUGGCAUGCAUUUGUACAUUUGUCAUCCCCAUAUUAUGUGAUGCAAAACUUUACCUCUAUAAAUAGGUCUUGUAUGAAAUUCAUACAGCUAUCUUACCUGUUUGUUUGCUGUGUCCUGUAAAAUUUCACUUCCCUGCACUUGGUUGCACAUGCUACUAUGCUUAAGUAUAGCUAAAAGACAUUGCGUGCAAUUCUUGUUUUUAAAAGCUGUUGACAUUAAAGGCUAGUUUUCUAAGCUGUAGAAAAUGUCUGAGUGUCUUUAUGAGUAUUGAGUUACACUACUGUUGGUAAUUGGUAAGAUUUUUGUAGUGCUGGGCAACGAUUAAUC